AUGAGAAGAAUUGAGGCAGGACUAGAGCUCCUGAGCUUUGAUAACACCUAUCCAGCAACAUUUUUCGGUCUUUUCUUGCAGGGUAGUGAGAGGGCUAUCGAAACAGUAACAACAUUAUUAUUAUUAUUAUUAUUAUUAUUAUUAUUAUUAUUAUCAUUAUUAUUAUUAUUAUUAUUAUUAUUAUUAUUAUUAUUAUUAUUAUUAUUAUUAUUAUUAUUAUUAUUAUUAUUAUUGUCAUUAUCAUUACUAUCAUUACGAGUAGUUUCCAAAGCGCGACAACGUCUGAACUAUAGGAAAGGUUUUGGAAGUCCUACCUUGCGUAAUUUGAUAGGUUCACAUUGUGAAGAAACAUUCCGGGACUCAAGAAAAAAGGCGAGUUGUUCCACGGAAAACGAUCCAAGUUUUCGUUUCAGUGCCUCAUCCCUAAAAGGAGACACUGAGACCUCAACUAGCUCCAGGCGACAGAAAGACAACCUUGACAUAAAUGGGACUAAUAUUUUGGAUGUCUAA